AUGCAGUCUAACAAAGAUAGCGAUGCCCCUUCGCGCAGUGAAGAGUAUUACAUCGAAGGAGGAGACGUCGUCGUGCGGGUCGAAAACACACUCUUUCGACUGCACGGCCUUCACCUGAAGCGCGCGACGACGUUUUUCGAGGACUUCUUCACGACAACCGCUUGGGAUGCCCAAUCGCGGCUGGGCCUAGAUGACGGCUCUCCCCUCGUCAUCGAAAAGUUAAAGGCCAAAGAUUUUGAUACCUUAAUGUGGUUCUUCUACAAGUCGGCCUACAGCUGGUCAUGUUCCCCGGACGCGACGGUCACCCCAAGAUGGGAACGCGUUCUACAGUGCGCCGAAGUGCUCCGGAUGCCCCAAGUUUGCAAGGUUGCUAGCCAUGCGCUGAAUUGCGCACAAGCUCUCAGUCCACUUCGCAAGAUCGCGCUGUGCGCAAAGCACGGCUUGGGCGAUACAUGGGCCAAGAAGGAAGUGGAAAGCGUUAUCAGCCGCCGCGACGCUCUGACUGUCGAGGAAGCCCACUCCCUCGGCAUCGAUUUGGCAAUCAAAUUGGCCGGCGCUCGCGAAGAGCUACUCCGCGUACCGAAGCUUCGAGGGAAUUGCAGGGGCGUCCAGUGCAGCAACUGUCGAAAUGAUAUGUCGUGCGAGAAGGGUAUUCAUUACUGUCCGCAAACGCAAUGUCACGGUAGGCGUCGUUGGACACCGGAGGAUUGUCCUCUCGAGCCUGCGUUAUCCUCUGCUGCCGUACGAACAAUCUCAUCUGCAAUAUCUCUCCAACCAGCUCUAGAGAACGCAACAUCGACCGCCAGUCUCCGCACCUUUGACAAGGGGUACGCACAUGGUGGCGACGUCUUCUUCCAGGUCCAGGAUCGACUAUUCUUUUGCCAUCGCUACCACCUUUGCACAGCAUCGCCCAUCUUUGAGGGCAUGUUCUCCCUCCCAGGGAGUGACUAUACCGAAGGAACCUCCAUGGAAGCGCCCAUCAAGCUUGAGCAUAUCAAGGCGAGCGAAUUUCAGCACCUCCUCUACUUCUUUUACGACUCCGCCUAUGAGUGGCUUCCGAACAUUGAUCCGGAUAGCGUCCCCAUGUGGGAGUCCAUCCUUCACCUAGCAGACCAAUUCGUCAUGGAGGAAGUCAAGGCUGUCGCUCUAUACGCCCUCGGCCACGACAGCGCGAUCGGAAGUGCUCAUAAGUUGACGUUAUGCAGUCGCUACAACGUCGAGAAGACAUGGGCACAGGGCGCCUUCCAGAACUUAUGUUCCCGCUCGGAUCCUCUCAGCGACGAUGAGAUGGAAGAGCUCCCGCCUAAGGUUGCUGCUGCCGUUGCGCGAGCACGUGAAGCGUUCAUAGCACACCGCCACGCUGCCCAACACACUUCUGUACCAGCAACGAAGUUCGCACUGGACCUUCUACGGCCAUCACUCGCGUCCCUCGACAUGGACCCCAGCAGGGUGUCGCGCAGCCAGGACUUCUACCGUGAAGACGGUGAUUUCGUUAUACGUGCGCGAGACACACUGCUUCGUCUGCAUGGUUACCAUUUGAAGAGAGCGACGACUUUCUUUGACGAAGAUCUGGCGCUCGCGAGCACCAAUCCUUUUGCGCCCGGUGCGACUGACGGGAAUCCUUACGUUCUACUUGGUGUCGAGGCUAUGGAUUUCCAAGCACUCGUCUGGUUCUUCUACGAGUCACCGUAUACCUGGAUAGAUAUCCCCAUUGUUGACGCGGCGCGCGUUUUCCUUUGGGAGUCCGUCCUCAUCUGCGCAGAACAGCUGCAGAUGACCCAGAUCACCAAGGUUGCCUGCUAUGCCUUGGACUGCGCCCAUGCCCUCUCCGACACGCGCAAGAUCUAUCUGUGCGCGAAGCACCACCUAGGGAAUCAAUGGGUAUCGGCAGAACUCGAGAGGCUGAUUUCCCGGAAAGAGCGCCUGACAUACGAGGAGACCGACGCGCUUGGGCCACAGAUAACCAUGGCUGUUCACUCUGCGCGUCAGACGCUGUCGAACUUCCCGCGCAAGCCGUGCCGCGCGCCGCGGUGCAGGAACUGCUAUGUUAUCGCUAUGUGCAAGGACGGCGUGCAUUUCUGCAAGUAUUGCGACGUGUACAACCAGGAAGCGGAGAGCUUGGCGAAGUGCCCGAAGCGGGACAGCGCGCCUUUCGAUCCUGAGGCGGUCAAAUCGGUCGUGUCUGCGAUGGUGCUUUCCGAAGAUGAUGAUGCCCCUCCGUCUUACUGGACGCCGAAAACCAGGAUCGAUACGCUAGGGGGCGACCUGUUCUUCGAGGUCGAGGAACAACUGUUCAGCAUCCAUUCGUAUCAUCUGCUUGCAGUCUCGCCGGUCUUCGCCAUGAUGCUCGAACUCCCGUCAGGAGAUGAGCACUCACGCGAAGGCACUCGAGACAAUCCCAUUCAAUUGCGGUUCUUCAAGGCCGCGGACUUCGAGAGCCUGCUCUACUUCUUUUACGACUCGGCGUAUGACUGGUUGCCACAGGUCGAUCAGACCAUGGUCAACACAUGGAUAUCUAUCCUCUCCAUGGCGGAUAUGUACGACAUGGAUAAGGUCAAGGCGGUCGCGCUGUACGCGCUAGGCCGCGAAACCGCGCUGGGCGACGUACGCAGGCUCGCCGUAUGCCUUUGCUACGGCGUCGACAAAUCCUGGGCGCAAGACGCAUUCACGCGCAUCAUUACUCGAGGGGAAUUCCUCACAGACGAGGAGGUCGAGGAGCUGAUCGCUUGCCCGAAGAUGAUAGGGGAGAUCGGAAGGGCGCAACUUGAGCUUCUUCUCGCGGCCGUCCCGCGUCAUAUUCCGCGUCUUCUGCUCAGCAAGCGCCAGCGGACGCUGUGGCGCGGGCCGUACGAGACCAUUACCUGA